AUGGUCAAAAACGCAAAUGGUUUUAUUGAUGUUGAAUAUUUUUACUAUCACAUAUUAAAAAAAUCAACUUACAUUGCACGACAAUAUUGUAAUGUAUCCGACAUUCCAACAAAUCAAGAAAUGGAUGGUGCAUCAGCAGUACAAACUGCAGCUGGAUGGCACAUUCGACCAUUGAAUGAAUUCUUUUUAUUUGCAAGUGAUGAUCCAAAUCGAAGAAUUACACCAAUUUAUCUUGGUCAAGAUAUAGUACGUGGUAUUCCUGUUGAUAAAUGGCAAACUUGUAUUGUCGAUAAACCAAAUUAUCGAACAGUAAGACGUGUAUGGACAUUUGCUCAACGUGGUGUUCAAACUCCAGUCGGUGUUGUUGGUGAUUUAGCCUAUCCAGUUCAAGCAGUAAUUAGUGCUUCAGUUGACUUUCCAAAUGGCACACAAGCACUUGAAGUCGAUGAAGUUUUUAAUGUUCUAUCAUACAAACCAUAUAUUGUAGAAACAUCUGUACAAUUAGCACCACCAAAAGGUGUUUUUUGUAAAACUGGUGAAGGUCAAGAUUUAAUAUCACUUUCAGAUGCUCAUAUUAGUUGGUCAAAUCGUUUUAGUGUUCGUGUUGAAGCUUCAACAUCACUUUCUGUACAAAGACAAGGUUUUCAUAUACGUUAUGAUAGUGGUCGUGAUGGUAGUUCAAGACGUUUACGUUAUGAUUAUCAACCUCCAGGUUCAGAAGAUUUUACAACUGUUAUACAUGAUUAUGGAAAUGAAUUAACUUAUACAAUUGAUCGACGUGUUGGUUCAUGUAAAAUUGAUGCUGGUGUCCAAAUUGAUGAUGUUAAUCCUGGUAGUAAUCCAAUUGCAUUUUUCAUUAAAAACGAAGCUAUGUUUCUAUAUAGCCCACCUGAAAAAGCCUGGGAAUUUAAUGGACUUCGUGCAUGUCGUGGUAACGCCAUUGUCUGUACAGUAUUAACAAUGCAAAAAGAUAGUUUUCCUCCUAUGGUUGAAUCAGAUAUUGGUGAAGCAACAGGUGACAGUUGGGGAGCAACCAAUAUUGAAUAUGCAUGGUCAAUGCGAUCACCAUUUUCACGUCCAAUGUUCAAUCGAUCGAAACAAUUUGAUUAUCCAGUAUCAUUAUAUUUGAGAAUGUUUCGAUUAAAUAAUCCAGAAGCUGGUUUUUCACCACAAAAUAUUCGUACUGAAAAUAUUGAAUAUGAAUUUUUUGAAAUGAAUCAUGAACGCCAUCCACAAGAUUUUGAUGUAAGCAUAUGUUAUCGUUCUUUAAAUUAUGAAUAUUUACAUCUUGUAUUCACACUUAAUGUUAAUCGUGGUGAUGUUAUUGAUGGUAAUCAUAUAGAUAGACGUGAAUUAGAAGGUUAUGUACACUUUACAUUAAUGAAUCAUACAGGUGUUCAAUUUUCACGUAUAACUGAUUUAGAAAUAGAUCAUGAACGUGUUAGUAAUGAUGUCACAGUAUUUUUUACACUUCUUGGACGAACACCAAAACCAGGUUCACCAAGUGGUUUUGCUGAUGAAAUAACAGCUCAAGAAGGUCACGAUAGAUUAAGAACAGCUAUCAAUAACGGUCAAUAUACAUUUAGUUUCAGAAUGCGAAAUAACUCAACAGUACAAUUUAAUGCUGCAACUAAUUCAUUAAAAUCAUCAAAACACUACGUAUCAACACAUUCUGCUGGUAGACGAAAUACUGUUGAAACAUAUUCAUCUGGUGCACAAGCUUUAGCUAUUAUUCUUGGUUUAAUUAUUGGUAUAGUUGUCGGUGCAAUAAUUGCAGCAGUUGUUCGAAUUGUCCGAAAAGAACCAAUGCCUGAUAUGCCUACAUCAAUAAGAAAUCCUUUACCAUCUAUUAAUUUUCAUUCCAAAAAAUCAAGUCCUGCAGCAGCAAGUACAUCAAAUGCUUAA